GUCAUUUAUGAUAAUAGAUACCUAAGUCUGUGUUGAAUUAAAUGUUUACUGCAAAUACAAGGUUGCAAAACAACAAGAAAUUAUAUGUAAUGGUUUCAUCAGUUAAACAUCAGCCGCCGCCGCUGUCAAUCAAACCGUUAAUCAAUGCCAAAACAGUGCCAAGAUGACGACGUUAAGUAAAGUAUUUAGUAACGAUCAGAUGCAAAAUAUAUGUGGAGAGUUUAAGCGAUUAAAAGGUAGAUGUUACCUCGACAAUGCUGGCGCUGCUUUGUUCCCAGAAAGCCUUUUGCAUCUUGUCAAUAAUGACUUACUAAAUAAUAUGUACAUGAACACACAUACGGACAAAUAUACAGCAGACUGUGUUGAGCAAGUGAGAUGUAUGGUUUUAAAGCAUUUUAAUACAGAUCCGUCAGAAUACACUUGUAUAUUUACCUCGGGCGCCACUCAGUCACUCAAGUUAACUGCAGAAUCAUUCCAAUUUGCUAGUGAUGACGACUGUGGUUCAUUUGUAUACCUCCAAGAAAAUCAUACUUCUGUUCUCGGACUCAGAGAAAUUGCAAAGAGUAAAAAUGCAGAUGUGAUUCACAUUUCACACGAAAGCUUCAUAGAUGCUUUGAACACUUCAAAAUCUCAAACCUGGGAGACACAAAAUAAAAAUACCGGCAACACUCUUCUGGCAUACCCGGCACAGAGUAAUUUUAAUGGAUACAAAUAUUCUAUAGACUGCAUUGACGAUAUUAAAAAUGGCUGCCUCAAUCAUUGUUUAAAGAAACUACUAUGUACUUUAAAUAAUAACUGGUAUGUGCUACUUGAUACUGCAUCAUAUGUGCCUACAAAUAAACUAGAUUUAUCUAAGAUACAACCUGAUUACCUGUGCCUAUCUUUUUACAAAAUAUUUGGCUACCCGACCGGGUUAGGAGCACUAUUGAUAAAGAAUAGUAGUGCAAAUGUUUUAAAUGAUAAACAGUACUUUGGCGGAGGUACAGUGGAUAUUGUGUUGAGUACUGAAGAUUUCCAUAUGAAAAGGACAGUCCUUCAUGAAAGAUUUGAAGAUGGCACUGUCAACUUCUUAUCAAUUCUUGCCUUGAAACAUUGUUUUGAUACAAUGCAAAGCUUAAUACCAAAAGUAAUAAAUAAUGACAUUAUGGAUUCUAUAUCAUAUCACACAUUCUUCCUGGCUCAUGACCUCUAUGAGCAACUGAAGAAUCUCAAGCAUCCGAAUGGCGCACCAGCAGCUGUUUUAUAUAUGGAUGACCAGUUUAUUGAUAUUAGAAAACAAGGAGCUAUUGUAACAUUCAAUCUGUUGAGAGAAGACGGAACAUUCAUUGGAUAUGCAGAGUUCCAACAUAUGGCGGAGCUUUUCAACAUAAACGUGAGAACUGGAUGUUUCUGCAACUCAGGUGCCUGCCAACGCCACUUGAAAGCAUCCAACAAGGAAUUGAAAGACAUGUUCAAAGCUGGCCACAAAUGCGGGGACCAAGUAGAUUUACUUCACGGCAAGCCUACUGGAGCUAUACGAGUUUCUUUCGCGUAUUACAACACGUAUAAUGACGUCGAUACGCUAGUCCUAAUGAUCUGCCGUUGCUACCUCCAGAACAAAUACAGGAAACCAAAGCGUUACGCUACCAAGAAUAUCAUAACUGAAAAGAAUACACUGUACAAAGACGACACUUUGAAAAUUCCAAUUGAACUCUUAGAAACUCGUGAUGUUACUGAUUCUCCUGAAUUGGAAUCUAAAAUAAAAUUAAUAGAAAUGAAUAUAUUCCCCGUAAAAUCAUGUGGGGCAUUCAAAGUUACAGACAAUUGGGAAAUGGGGCCGAAAGGCUUCGAAUAUGACAGGGAGUGGAUGAUUGUGAAAGACAAUGGAGUAUGUUUGACUCAGAAACAGAAUUUGCUGAUGUGCAUGAUAAAGCCAAUAAUAGACUUAAAUAAGAACUUGUUGAUAUUGAAUUUUAAAGGCAAGGACCCCAUUUCGAUACCUCUGUACCCCUCACCAGAAAGUAAACUAAAAGAAUCCAGGAUUUGCAGCUCCAAAGUCUGCACAGACAUUGUCCAAGGCAUAGAUUGUGGAGACGAAGUGGCUGACUGGAUAUCUGAAGCUCUAGAAAUCUCUUACUUACGCCUAGUGAGACAGUCAAAUGACAGAAAAAUAAAAAAGAAAGGCGAAUCAGUAACCAAGCUACUGUCUCUAAGCAACCAAGCACAAUUCCUUCUUAUAAACAAGGCAACAGUCAGAUGGCUAAAGGGAAAAAUUGAUGAUCCGUGUUUCACUGAUGACGUGGAUCAUUUAACUGAUCGGUUUAGAGGAAAUCUGAUUAUAGAUAUGGAUGAAGAGCUGGUUGAGAGGGAGUGGAAUCGAGUCAUUAUUGGGAGACAGGAAUUUAAGGUGGAAGGCCAAUGUAACCGCUGUCAAAUGGUCUGUAUAGACCAGUCUACAGGCGAGAAGACUGUGGAGCCCCUUAGAACAAUCUCAAAACAAUUUGGCGGGAAACUGCGAUUCGGAAUAUAUUUAACAUAUAUUGGUGCAACUGACGGGUCUAAUGAUAGCACACUGAAAACACAAUCACCAGUUAAACCAAUAAUCAAUGAUGAUAAUAUAAGCAGGUGAAAUUAAUUAGG